CCCAGGUUUCAACAGCACACGAGGCUUUGUGCUGAUGUUGAAAAAGGUCAUCUCAGGCCAGGGUGUCGUAUGUCAUGUUAGCCUCGAGCGAGACAUUCGUCACCUCAGUGUCUACACCUGACUGAGUAUUGCACUACACGGCUGUCAUCGGAACACUGCAUUGUUAUGGAAUAGUGUCAGUUUCGAGGGAGAACUGUCGGCGACAAUAGGAGGUCGCUAUGAACAUACCUUGUUUUGUUGGAGUAUGCGUGUUGCUGUUUGGGCCGCUGGUCUCAGGUGCGUGUAACGUUACACUUUAUGCCCAGAAGGAACCAUUGAACUUCACGUCUCCUAACUACCCAGGCAAUUACAGAAACAAUGACAACUGUUACUGGGACAUCUAUCCUCAAACAAGAGGCUACAGAGUUAUACUCGACAUGGUGUACACCAAUAUCGAAGGUCCAUUCCCCUGUAGACAGGACGUCCUGACCAUAUACGUCACAAAUAACGCUAAUCAUACUUCAACCGAGUUACACAAAAUUUGUGGAAACAAAAGAUGGAAUCUUAUUACCCAUGAUGACCAGCAUUUUCACGCCGUGUUCACGACUGACGGCAGUGUUUCGACGAGGGGUUUCUUAAUUCGAUAUUAUGAAACAGAGGGGAGAGCAGCAUGCGAUGCAUCUCUCGUGGCCACUUCUACCGGCAAGAUAUUUACCUCGCCUGGAUACCCAAACACCUACCUGCCGACACAGUCAUGUACCUGGAAUAUUACAACAGAACAACAAAAUCAAGUCAUUCUAUUGUUCACGAAGGACUCGGAACUUCAGGGCAGUACCUCACGCAGGGUUUGUGAUACGGAUUACGUCACUGUAUAUAACGGACAAUACAGCUACGACGAAAUCGGCACCUUCUGUGGUCACCAACAACCAGUAUUUUCCAGCUGGGGGAACUCACUGCGUGUCCAUCUACAAACUGAUGACAGAAACAGCUACAAAGGAUUCAAAAUGCUGUACAAAGCUGUACCUGCAACAACGUGCAUCCUUACGAUGCCUGCAGGGCGCAGUCCAAUACAGUUUGUCUCCCCUGGUUAUCCUAACGGCUACCAAAGUGGAUUAGAUUGUCAAUGGACUAUAAAUGUGCCGUAUGGAAGUACCAUCACGGUUCAAGUUCUCUUUCUUGAUAUGGAAAGAAGGCCAUCGUGCAAAAAUGAUUAUCUUCUCUUCAAAGAUGGGAACACGACGAAUGCUCCCACACUGGCAAAGAUCUGCAGAAAUACGUCUACACCCAUCACCAACUCUGGUAACCACAUGAUCAUUUCGUUUCACUCAGACAUGUCUGUCACAGGAAGAGGCUUUCGUCUGCAGUACUCAGCUGGACCUGUUUGUGGAUUGUCAAAUCUUUCCGCCUCUUUGACAGAGAAAACUUUGACCUCUCCUGGCUAUCCAUCAUACUAUUACAACAACCUAAACUGCACGUGGACUAUAUCUGCACCCGUUGGAUAUAAAAUAUCAGUUGAUAUUGUGGAUCUUUCUAUGGAACAAUCGUGCGUAAAUGACUAUCUUCUCUUUACAGGCGGGUCCUCAUACAACAAGGUUCAGUUGGGAAAAUAUUGUGGUACCACCACCAUGGACGUCGUCAGCUCCAGCAACUACAUGGCCAUAACCUUCCACACCGACGGCUCCAUUAGAGGAAGAGGGUUUAAUUUGAAAUACAAAGCCGAGUCACACAAUGUGUUUAGUUGUGAAAGGUCAAGACUCAACGCCUCUACUUCCAUGCCCGGUUAUUUGACGUCUCCUGGUUACCCAAACAACUACAAAAAUAAUGUUGCCUGCAUCUGGACAAUAGCUGCAGCUGUUGGAUAUAAAAUAAAAGUGGAAAUUUUGUAUCUUUCUGUGCAAUACUCGACAUUAUGUACACAUGAUUAUCUUCUCUUCAGUGAUGGUUCCUCGUCUGACGCCCCUCCCUUGGCUAAAUACUGUGAUACGACCAUCACGCACGUUGCCAGCUCCAGCAACUACAUGACCAUCACUUUCCACUCUGACAGCUCUGUUACAGGAAGAGGGUUUUCUUUGAAAUACAUCGCAACGUCAGGCUGUGGAUACGUUCAACAGAUAGAUUCUUCUGAAACAAAAAUGAUCGAGUCACCGAAUUACCCCCUGAACUACCCAACGAAUUUGAACUGUGAAUGGACAAUCAGCACUGAUGUUGAUGGACACGUAAUCCAUGUUAGAGCGAUGCAUUUCAACCUUCAGUCUUCCUUUCAUUGUACAUCCGACUAUGUACAACUCUAUGAGGUCACGGGAACAUCUGAAUACUUGCUCGGUCAAUGGUGUGGAACGGAUGGACCAGAUACACAGAGUACAACACAGAGUAUGAAGGUUCGCUUCCUCUCUGAUGGUGCCUGGUCCCAAAAUGGAUUUCAGUUGGCUUUCACAAGUACUGCCGUUAAGCCAACAUCUGCAGCUUUUUCAGACUCAAAAGUAGGAGGCAUAAUUGGAGGUGUACUCGGCGGAAUUGCAGUUGUGGUUUUAGCAACGUGUUGCUGCUGUGUAAUUUGCAAAAGGAACAAAUCCACAUCCAAUGACCAGUCGCAAAGAAACAGAACACGUGAUGUCAACCUGAACAUCGUCUUCUCCAUUCCUCUUUCCAACUGCCCGGCAACUGAAACGUCUACUCCGGCCGUCAUGUUUACUAAUACACCACCCCCAGCCUACAAUGAAGUCACGAAGGAUGACCCUCCACCGUAUCGUCAGAUAGUUUCACAAUCACACAGACAAACUUUUGAAACGUCAUCCCCUAGCGAUGCACCUGAUUGUGUAGCCAUAGAUAACUCAGCAGACCUUAACAGCGGGACUUUCGAAUGAUGUAUGUGUUUUGAAUUUGUGAAGUAAAUAUGAAAGGUCACAUACAUGUGCAAUACUUUGCACAAACUUUUUUCUACGAUAUCAACAGAUAUCUUCACAUGAAUAAUGCAUACCCCUUUUACAGUAAAAGAUUACAACGUCAGAGAUUGUUCAGAAAUCAAACAAAACGGUAUCAGUUAUUAUCACAACCGCCCGGGUAUGUGUAUAAAGGUUAUCACGAGAGUGUUUUGGGGUAUGGUAAAUAUAUUGUAUUAGGAAUAAAAAGUAUGUGUUUAGCUCGCUAAGGUGCAUACCGUUGUUAUGAGAAAAGUAUAUGUAUAUGAGACAAGUCCCGUUACAAUGUUAAAAAUAUUCAUAUUAAAACGAGGUUAAUUGACAUGCCCCCAGCAACCAUACUCUUGCCACACAUGGAAUCCAUAGCGGUAUUAUCUACAAUGUAAACAAAACAGGUCUCCCCACAAUUAAUGAAACGAUGGUAUGGUAAUACCCAAUCGGCUUGCAGGCCUUGCCGACCGUACUAAAUAAGCCACGCCACCUCGCUAGCCCCUAAAGAUUCGUUUGGCUUGAAACAAAUACAGACCUCAAGAUAGCGCUUAGAUGACGUUUUCACACUUUUUUUACUCGACCAUCGUAUUGUAGACCCUUGACAUCAUGAUACUUGCACUUUAGAAAAAAAUGUCUGCCAAAAUUACAGCUUAAAACAACAAAAAUGAUCCAGUACACACAUAACAAUGUUGUUUCUAGUUGAUAAUUGAACGGUGUACGAUGGAUUAUUUCAAAAUUCUAACAACAUUUGUAAUUGUAUUGUAAUCUUAAUGUUCUUUAUCAGUUCAUGCUUGUAUGAACAGCCUAUCUGCAAUCAAGAAACAAAUAUAUACCAAAGACGUUUACAUUUUUUUCUAAAUAUCAAUCUGUUUUGCAUACUCAUGUCAAACUCAAAUGUUACAUUAUUGGAAAAUAUUGCACUGUACAUACAUCAUGCAUUGUUCGUUGGAAGAAACCCGCAUACCUUGUAAAUAUGUUGACUGUGGGCCUAUGGCCUCUCAACUUGCCAUGAAUAAACAAUUGCAAUAACUGUUCUAACUUCUAAAUGCCUUUCAAAUAAUCACAGCUUGAUCACAUUUAACUGUUAUUUAAACUGUGAGGUUUGCGCCCCUUCUCUUCUUACCCCAUCUCUUGGGCUGUGGAGAAGUUCACUGAUGCAAAACACCCUUUCGGUGUGUUACGUGUGGUAAACAGUACUAUUGUCUGACCGACUGACAAAGUAUUUAAAGUUUGUUGUAAUCUGUUCAAUUUGCAAUCAACUCACAUCCAAAUAUUGCAUUGUACAUACUUCAUGCAUUGUUCGUUGGAAGAAACACGCAUACCUUGUAAAUAUGUUGACUUGAGGGCCUAUGGCCUCUCAGUUUGCCAUGAAUAAACAAUUGCAAUAACUGUUCCAACUUCUGAAUAGAAUGCUGAUGUCAAAGGAUGCCUACUUCAUUACAGUCAAGCCAUUUGGAGGAAGACACAGGACUUAGGACUUGCUGUUCCGUACAAAGAAGACCUUGAAGUGUGCAAGUAGAUAAGAAGAGCUACUGGACUGCCUCUGCUUCCACAAGCAGUUAUUCAAGACACCUGGAUCGAAGACAUGGAUGACACUCCCAACGUUCCAAGAGCUGUUGAAUUCAAUAACUAUGUGGUUGUCAACUGAGUUGACGACGGAGCCAUUGUUGAACCAUCACUCGACGAGGUCCGAGAACAAACAAAAAUAUGGAAGGAUUCGCAGUUAAUUAGCCGUAUGCCAUCAUUGUGUCAUGCAUGUAUCACCCAACUUCGUGGACACAUCUGAUAUCUACACCCCCGAAAUUAUUUUUGAAGACAUUACCGUCAUUACACCUUCACUAUCAUUUCCUCAGAGUGAAUGGGUGGUUUCCGCCGCUUUUAGCAACAUUCCAGCAAUAUCACGGCGGGGGACAUCGGAAAUGGGCUUCACACAUUGUACCCAUGUCAGGAAUCGCACCCGGGUCAUCGGGGUGACGAGCGAAAGCUUUAACCACUAGGCUUACUCGACCGCACUCAUUUCAUCAGAAAAUGAAAUUCGGUAGAAUAUUUCAACAACACUUCGGGGAUUAACUACCAUCGACAAUUUAUGACACAUAAUGUUGGACAGGCUCACAUACAGUAACAACAAGCUAUAUAGUUCCGAAGUUGCCAAGUAAGGCUGUAUAAUGAACAUGGGACAGAAAGUAUAUGGUUGGUGGAGGAUCAACAACAAUUGCAUAAAUGAGGGAGAUAAAUAUGAGUUGGACAGAGAACAUGACGAGAACAUGAUGAGGAAGCCAAUUAUACAGGAUUAAAUAUACAUAGGUGUGGAUCCAACUGAAACGUAUUUUAUGCCGUUUUUUAUCCGUUAGUUUUAUCAAAUGGCCAAGUGGGAAAGCUACAUAUGAUGUGAUAAAUGCUUUGGUACCAGCAGUUCAGCACCAGCUCUGAGACACUAAAUGCAUGUACUUGUGCAUACCAGAGACCUAAUCAUGUUUUUGUCGUGGUUAACCCAAGCCUCCUUUAUCAUGAUCAGGUCAACCCAAUAAAUGGCAUUUUCCACGCAAGCUGAUAAGAGUUGUGUGUCCUUCCCAGGUUUCAAUGGGAACAACAGCGCACGAGGCGUUGUCCUGAUAUUGAUAAAGGUCAUGUCGGGCCAGGUGUCGUUAUGUCAUGUUAGCCUCGAGUAUUACCUAACACAGGUGUCAUCGGACACUGCGUUGUUAUGUAAUACUGUCAGUUUCGAGGGAGAACUGUCGGCGACGAUAGGAGGCCACUAUGAACAUACCUUGUUUCGUUGGAGUAUGCGUGCUGUUGUUUGGGCCGCUGGUCUCAGAGUCACACAAUACACUUAAUUGUGGAAGGUCAAGACUCAACGCCUCUACUUCCAUGCCCGGCUAUUUGACGUCUCCUGGUUACCCAAACAACUAUGAAAACUUCUUCAGGAUCGAAAGUAGGAGGCAUAAUUGGAGGUGUACUCGGCGGAAUUGCAGUUGUGGUUUCAGCAACGUGUUGCUGCUGUGUAAUUUGCAAAAGGAAAAAAUCCACAUCCAAUGACCAGUCGCAAAGAAACAGAACAUGUGAUGUCAACCUGAACAUCGUUUCUCCAUUCCUCUUUCCAACUGCCCGGCAACUGAAACGUCUACUCCGGCCGUCAUGUUUACUAAUACACCACCCCCAGCCUACAAUGCAGUCACGAAGGAUGCAUGCUGCUGUUGUGAGAUAAGUAUAUGUAGAUGAGACAAGUCCCGUUACAAUGUUAAAAUUAUUCAUGUUAAAACGAGGUGACUUGACAUGCCCACAGCAACCAUACUCUUGCCACACAUGGAAUCCAUUGCGGUAUUAUCUACAAUGUAAACAAAACAGGUCUCCCCACAAUUAAUGAAACGAUCACGAAGCCGGAUGGUGGUAAUACCAAAUCGGCUUGCUAGCCGGACUAAUUAAGCCACGCCUCCUCGCUAGCACUUUAAAGAUUCGUUUGGCUUGAAACAAAUACAGACCUCAAGAUACGAAACAACAAUUAGAUCACGUUUACGCACUUUUGUCUCGGCCAUCGUAUUGUACAUCCUACUGGCUACAUAAUGAUGUGAUCAAUAUGUAUUAUUAUAUUUCAUGGCACUUAAACUUUUUGACUGCCAAAAGUACAGCUUAAGACAACAAAAAUGACCCAGUACACACGUACUUCUGAUCCCAUUCGUCUUCUACUCAGUGAAUUCAAUUUUAACGUAUCUUUCUUAUCGUCACAAUGUUUGUACAUUUUGUAAUUUUCUUCUUGUUGAAAAUAAAUAUCAUUUCAUGCUUGUAUGUACAGUCUACCUUCAAACAAGAAACAAAUAUAUAUUAUCAAAGACGUUUACAUCUUUUCCAAAUGACAAUUUAAAUUUGUUUUGCAUACUCAUGUCAAACUCAAAUGUUACAAUAUUGUAAAAUGUUGCACUGUACAUACACCAUGCAUUGUUCGUUGGAAAAAACCCGCAUACCUUGUAAGUAUCUUGACUGUGGGCCUAUGGCCUCUCAACUUACCAUGAAUAAACUAAGGCAAUAACUGUUCCAAAAUUACAGCUUAAAACAACAAAAAUGAUCCAGUACACACAUAACAAUGUUUUUUUUUAGUUGAUAAUUGAAAGGUGUACGAUGGAUUAUUUAAAAAUUCUAACAACAUUUGUACAUAUUGUAAUCUUAAUGUUGUUUAUCAGUUUAUGCUUGUAUGAACAGCCUAUCUGGAAUCAAGAAACAAAUAUAUACCAAAGACGUUUACAUCUUUUCAAAAUAUCAAUCUGUUUUGCAUACUCGUGUCAAACUCAAAUGUUACAUUAUUGGAAAAUAUUGCACUGUACAUACACCAUGCAUUGUUCGUUGGAAGAAACCCGCAUACCUUGUAAAUAUGUUGACUGUGGGCCUAUGGCCUCUCAACUUGCCAUGAAUAAACAAUUGCAAUAAC